ACCCAACUUUAUCACUCCAUAUAGAUAACUAAUCUCCUCAUUCACCCACUUCCCUUUCCUUCUUCACUAUACACCCUCCGCAACCUCAUCUUCACAACCAUCACCAUCACCGGAGCUACCACCGGAAAAUCAAGAUGUCAGUCAAGGAAUGCAAAUGCAAUCGCCACGAGAAAAGACAAAAAAUGAUCAAGCGACUAUGCGCCGGAAUCCUCGUCUUUCUCUUCCUCAUCCUCUUAACCAUCCUUCUAAUAUGGGCAAUUCUUCAUCCUAAAAAACCACGUUUCAUUCUUCAAGAUGCAACCAUAUUUAACUUCAACGUAUCAGCACCAAACAUCUUCUCUACAUCAAUCCAAGUCACUAUAUUUGCCCGUAACCCUAAUGACAAAAUAGGUAUUUACUACGACAAAAUGAAAACGUAUGCAAAUUACCAUAACCAGCAAAUUACGUACUAUACUCAAAUACCAUCAGUUUAUCAAGGUCAUAAGGAUGUUAACAUAUGGUCACCUUAUGUUAAUAGUAAUAAUGUUCCUAUUGCUCCAUUUAAUGGACAAACUUUAAAAGAUGAUCAGCAAAAUGGUGGUGUUUGGCUUGAUUUUAAAGUUGAUGGACGUGUUAAAUGGAGAGUUGGGACAACUACAACGGGGCAUUACCAUUUACAUGUUACGUGUUCUGCUUAUGUUCCGUUUGGUAACCGUCCUGGAGAUGGUGGAAUUAUUGUUGGAAAUAACGCUGUUAAGUAUCAAAUUGCAAGGAGUUGUGAUGUGAGUGUUUAAUAAUUUGAAGAUGAUGAAGAUUGAAGCAGGGGUUGAAGUAUUUAUCUCUCUUUUUAAUUACUUUUUUGGAUCAACGUUUAUUAUAUUUUUAUUUUUCUACUAUUUACACUUCUGUUUUUCUUUCUUUCUCGCUCUUAAUUUGUGGUCCCAUAAAGUUCUGUGCAUUUUGGUAAAGGUAAUAAUGUCUGGAAGGAUACGGAAAUAUUGGAGAUGAGAGAGAGAAAAGUUCACAAUCUUGACCACAUGGAUGGUUGCUUGAAAAGCUUUUCUUCUUUUCCAUGAUUAAGAAAAUAUCAUACACAUAUAUUCUUAA